AUGGAUGACGCACCGGCAUCAUCGUCGUCGAAAUCGCCAAGCCGCGAUUCGUCCAACGUUGCCGAGCCGACGGCAAUUAAACUACCAGAAAUGCAGUUACCUACUUUCGACGGUGCCAUCGAGAAUUGGCAUUCUUUCUAUGACGCCUUCUCGUCGACGAUAGAUCGAAGCGAUCGACCCACUGCCACACAAAAAUUCCACUACCUUCGAUCUUCUUUAACCGGAAAGGCCGCGCGAAGCAUCCAAUCGUUGGACGUUACGCAAAUUAAUUAUCCCAUCGCGAUUGAUAUUCUGAAGGACAAAUUCGACUGCCACCGUCAAGUCUGCAUGCGCCACUGGGACUAGAUAUUCGAAUAUCCAAAAAUAAAAAAAAAAACGUCCGGAAAACACAAUCGACAACGACAACACGCGCCGCGAAGCAUCACCUUCGCCACUGCACAUAGGCCGACGGCGUGUCCAAGUUGCAAGGGACAACAUAAAAUAUGGCAUUGCGAUGUCUUCAAGGCGAAGUCUGUCAAAAAUCGCCUUGAAAUCGUCAAAAGGGCUUCCCUAUGCACCAAUUGUCUAGGCCAAGGGCACACUAUCGCCCAGUGCUCUGCCGGUUCAUGUCGCAUAUGCAGACAGCGACAUCAUACAUACUUGCAUCAACACCAACGUCACGGCAAGUCACGGUCUUCGAGCGGUCGAUCGUCGAGCGACCGAUCAUCGAGUGGACGCUCUUCACCUAGCUCACCGACGCAUCGUUCGUCACAUCGUUCGAGACGCGCGUCCACGUCUUCCAAGUCGUCUCAUCGGUCGACCGAAUUACUGACCUCGGUUCCCUCUAAACAAUUACAACAUGAUCUCUUAGUCACGGCGCAGGUCAACAUAUACAACAAUAAGAGACAACCAUUUCGUUGCAGAGCUCUGCUAGACACCGCUUCACUCUGCGUUGGUCAACUUGACAUUACUCAAGACAACGGGCCCGACUUGCGCAGGCAAAAAACGCGUUUCGGAUGGGUCAUCGGGGGGAGCCCAGCCUCGCAGUCUCCAGCAUAUACGUUCCACGCCUCCACGACGGCUUUACAGGCGGACCUCGCCCGCUUUUGGGAAAUCGACGAAGGACCUUCCAUUCCACACAUUUCAGAAGCGGAACAACAAUGCGAGGAUCAUUUUCGACGUCACGUACAACGCACAACCGAAGGACGAUAG